CAAAGGUUUAUUGAAUAUAGGCCUCUUAGGACUGGUCUUUCUACUCCUUUUCACAGCAUUUCAGCCCAUUUGCAUGUUGGAAAAAGUCAUCCUGGAAAGUGUCGAAGAAGAGAACCCCGACUUCGAUGUAGACGGCUACAUAUGCCUUUGCAUUUUGUUCUCCUCGUUCUCCAUCUCCAAUUGGAUAACGCCAUCAAUAAUAAGUCUGAUCGGUCCAAGACUUUGCAUCGCAUUUGGAUCCAUGACGUUCGCACUAUACAUUGCCUCAUUUUUUUAUCCGAUCGAAUGGGUCCUUUAUCUGAUGAGUUUUUUAAUGGGGGUCGGAGCUGCCUGUCUGUGGACAGGUCAGGGGAACUACCUCACAUUAAUAUCAACCUUCGCCACGAUACAAAGGAACAUGAGUAUAUUCUGGGUGAUGUAUUCCUCAAGCCUUUUAAUAGGCAGCAUGAUCGUAUAUUUCGAGUUCAGAUCGAAGGAAGUGGUGGACAGCACAACCAGAUUUUGGUUGGUGGCUAUUUUUUCAACCGUUGCAGUCAUCGGAUGUUCCACCACUCUGCUGCUCAGGAAGCCGCCACCGAAAUCCGAAGACGACGCCCUGCCACCGGAAGUCAAAGUGGGACCGCUGGAAGCACUCAUUAAAGCGUUGAAACUGUUCAUCACCAGAGACAUGUUGCUGUUAAACGUGGCCUUCUUCUAUUCAGGUUUAGCAUUCAGUUUCUGUACCGGCGUGUAUGAGUCUUGUCUGGGAUUCACCAAGGUGUUUCCCGAUAGAAAGGAACUGGUCGGUUUAAGCGGGAUUUUCAUUGGAGCCGGAAACAUUUUUGGAGGUGUAAUUUUCGGUCUGUUGAAAACCAACCUUAAAACACUGCACAUCGUUCUGACGAUGGGAAUGUCGAGCAGCAUCUUGGGAUAUUUAAUAAUAGUUUUGAUGCUGCCUAAAACGUCACCGUUUGGUGAAACCACCGAGUCACCCAUCGUGACGAUGCAUCCACAACUGACGAAUUUACCGUCGUUUUUGUUUGGCUUAGGACACGCCUGUUACAACGUGCUUUUGAGCUCGACGCUCAUUUUGUCCUACGCUAACAACAGUCCCCCGGCCUUUGCAAUUUUCCAAUUCGUACAGUCCGUAGGUAUUGCUGCUAGCUUUGGUUAUUCUUCGCAGCUUAAUCUGUACUUUCAAAUAGGACUGUUGAUAUUUUUUGUUACACUGGGAUCCGCACUGAUAUUUUAUUUAUUAAUGGUGUCGACGAAAUUACAGCUGCAACAAGGUGAGCCUACCUAAUAACAAAAUGUAAUAAUAAUUCACGAUUUACAAUAAAGUACUUUACUACUUUCUUU